ACAUUCACUGACCUGUUACUGUGCUGGGCCCUAGGCUAGGCGUUCCUUAUGUCAGGGCUCAGUCACCCCAGAUGUCAGCAUCAGGACCUUCAGUUUCCAGAAGAAGAAACUGAGGCUCGGGGUCAUGAAGGGAGGAUACUGGCAGAGAGACCACACCUGCUGUCCACGGCCCCCAACGAAGUAGGCAUGACCCUCCCCAUGGCCGAGCUCUUGCCCCUGCUGACCCAGGACUCACUUGUCCCUCCAGCUGAGUGGCAGAGCCAGCAGCCACAGAAUGGCAGGGCUGAGGGCCUGGCCCCUGAGCCCUGGAGGUUCCUGGAGGUGCCCUCCAUUCAGAUAACACCAUCCAGUGAUGGGGAGUCACCCCACUGUACCCCGACACUCCAGCGCCUGCAGCUGCUGAGGACUCCAGACCUGGAGAGUCUGCCCCAGGAGAGUACCACCCCCCACUCUGGCCGGAGCACACCAAGCAGCUCCCCAUCUCUCCGGAAGCGGCUGCAGCUCUUGCCCCCAAGCCGACCCCCACCUGAGCCAGAACCAGGCACCAUGGUGGAGAAGGGGUCAGAUAGCUCCUCAGAGAAGGGUGGGGUGCCCGGGACACCCAGCACCCAGAGCCUGGGCAGCCGGAACUUCAUUCGCAAUAGCAAGAAGAUGCAGAGCUGGUACAGUAUGCUGAGCCCCACGUACAAACAGCGGAACGAAGACUUCCGGAAACUGUUCAGCAAACUCCCCGAAGCCGAACGCCUCAUUGUGGAUUACUCCUGUGCCUUGCAGCGCGAGAUCCUCCUCCAGGGCCGCCUGUAUCUCUCCGAGAACUGGAUCUGCUUCUACAGCAACAUCUUCCGCUGGGAGACGACAAUUUCCAUCCAGUUGAAGGAAGUGACGUGUCUCAAGAAGGAAAAGACAGCCAAGCUGAUCCCCAAUGCCAUCCAGAUCUGCACAGAGAGCGAGAAGCAUUUCUUCACCUCCUUCGGAGCCCGGGACCGCUGCUUCCUGCUCAUCUUCCGCCUCUGGCAGAAUGCGCUGCUUGAAAAGACGCUGAGUCCCCGAGAGCUCUGGGACCUGGUGCACCAGUGCUACGGCUCAGAGCUGGGCCUCACCAGCGAGGAUGAGGACUAUGUCUGCCCCUUGCAGCUGAACGGACUGGGGAGCCCCAAGGACGUAGGAGAUGUGAUUGCCCUGAGUGACAUCACUCCCUCAGGGGUAGCCGACCACAGCCAGGAGCCCAGCCCAGUGGGUUCGCGCCGUGGCCGCAUCACCCCCAACCUUUCCCGAGCCAGCAGCGAUGCAGACCAUGGGGCAGAAGAGGACAAGGAGGAGCAGACAGACAGACAGCCAGACGCAUCUUCCAGCCAGACAGUGACUCUGGUGGCUGAACCUCCCAGCGCCGAGCCCACCCCACCCGAGGGGCCCACUUCCCUGGGCCCCCUGGACCUGCUGCCCAACGAGGAGCUGUUGACGGACACGAGCAACUCCUCCUCGUCCACGGGGGAGGAAGCGGACCUGGCUGCCCUGCUUCCUGACCUCUCCGGCCGUCUCCUCAUCAACUCCGUCUUCCACGUGGGCGCCGAGCGGCUCCAGCAGAUGCUCUUCUCGGACUCGCCCUUCCUGCAGAGCUUCCUGGAGCAGUGCAAGUUCACAGACGUGACCUUGAGCCCUUGGAGUGGGGACAGCAAGUGCCGUCAGCGCCGAGUGCUGACCUACACCAUUCCCAUCAGCAACCCGCUGGGUCCCAAGAGCGCCUCUGUGGUAGAGACACAGACGCUGUUUCGGCGUGGCCCGCAGGCGGGGGGCUGCGUGGUGGACUCCGAGGUGCUGACGCAGGGCAUCCCGUACCAGGACUACUUCUACACUGCCCACCGCUACUGCGUCCUGGGCCUUGCGCGGAACAAGGCCCGCCUCCGAGUGUCCUCUGAGAUCCGCUACCGGAAGCAGCCCUGGAGCCUGGUGAAGUCUCUCAUUGAGAAGAACUCCUGGAGCGGCAUCGAGGAUUAUUUCCACCACCUGGAGCGAGAGCUUGCCAAGGCCGAGAAGCUGUCCCUGGAGGAAGGCGGCAAGGACGCCCGGGGACUGCUGUCAGGCCUGCGGAGGCGGAAGCGGCCUCUGAGCUGGAGGGGUCACGGUGAUGGACCCCAGCACCCGGACCCUGACCCCUGCGCCCGGGCUGGCCUGCACACCUCGGGCUCCCUCAGCUCCCGCUUCUCAGAACCGCCGGUGGACCAGGGCCCCGGGACGGGCAUCCCCAGCGCCCUGGUGCUCAUCAGCGUUGUGAUCUGUGUGAGCCUCAUCGUCCUCAUCGCCCUCAACGUGCUCCUCUUUUACCGCCUCUGGUCCCUGGAGAGGACGGCCCACACCUUCGAGUCCUGGCACAGUCUGGCCCUGGCCAAGGACAAGUUCCCCCAGACGGCCGCGGAGUGGGCGGAGGUGCUGGCCCUGCAGAAGCAGUUCCACAGCGUCGAGGUGCACAAGUGGAGGCAGAUCCUGCGGGCCUCGGUGGAGCUCCUGGACGAGAUGAAGUUCUCACUGGAGAAGCUACAUCAAGGCAUCACCAUCUCGGACCCUUCCUUCGACUCCCAGCCACAUCCCGACGACAGCUUCUCCUGAGGACGCCAGGCCACACAGCCAUCCCCUCAGAUGGACAGAUGGACACAGAACCUCGGUGACCACUGCUGGCACGGUGUGACCACCGGGAACCUCCUGCCCACCCAUCCCAGUGGCCCAGCCAGGGGCCAUACAGACACGGGACCACAGAACUGAGAUGCACUUUAGACCAGCGUAUGCGAGUCCAGUCGCCGUCGCCUGCCCAGCCGGGGAGAUGGCAUGGCCUUUGGCAGGCCCCCCCGCUAACUUAUUUUGCCCCGCUGGGGUUGUUGGGGGCACCUCCUGGGGUGCACGAUUCCCUCAGCUCUGGGUUUAAUGUAUUAUAUUUAUUUGGGCUGACAGAGCCCCAAUAAAGGGUUGGA